AUGACUACCAUCUACCAGGCGAUCUGCGUGGAGCUACUACGGAAGGACCUGUGGCGUAGGGAGAAAAGAAUCGACGGCAGAACACUGACAGAACAACAGACGGAAGAGCUGUCAGAGUUUGAGGUGCAGCUACACAUGCAGGAGGAAAUCAACCUCCUCGAGGCGCUGGCCUUCCAUGGCCUAGUCACCAAGAUCAUUGAUUUUGAUGCUCCAGUACGAAGUCAGAUCUAUCAACAUCUCCUGAACGGCAAUGUACUUGUUCCGAGGCUACACGAGAGCACAAUCAAAGAGAUAAGCUUUCUUCGUUCUUCAGAUGCCACCGACAAUGCCCAGCAAAGCUUUCACUUUUUACACUUGACAGUUCAAGAUCUUAUGGCAAGAGAGAAAUACAACGUUCGCUAUGAGGUUUUCUGGAGGUUUGUGGCCGGAUUUCUGGGUGUCGGAUACAACCACCAAAAGCAAAGCGAGGAGCAUACGGCCGCAUUCCUUGAGGCCAUGGAAAACAAACCCCGAGAUAUGUUGGGCCCCAUGCAUAGCAAGCUCAUGAUGCGCUUGUGGAGCGAAGUACCUGCAUCGAACAAUAUUGCUAGGCUGAGAUCUCUGCGUCAGAGUCACUACCAACGGCUCGCCCGGUGGAGCUCUUGCGAGGUCACAGCUUAUGAUAAAGGGGAGCUUGCAGGGGAGGCAGAAUAUCCGGAUGCAGUUCUAUCUUCUCUCUUGAAAGACCGAAGUUCUGACGUCAGACGACAUGUUCUGAAUGUCAUUGCUCAGCGCAGAGUCUCUACAAGUGUCACUGACUUGAUAGCCUCCUGGGUAGACCAAGUCUCCGACGAUGAACUGAAUCCGGUCUUUGUUCGAACCCUGCUCAGGAAUUGCCGAUCACUGUCCCCAAAGGCUCACGAGAUUCUUCUUGUGCACCUGCAUGAUGAAUCAAAAGUGGAGGAGUCCGACUUUAGAGGCGUCCAGGUACCGGCCUUACCACAGGAUCUUCUGAGAGCAAUUUUAGAUUGUCUGCAUUAUGGAGCAGCUGGUUUGAAGGCGGCAGCACUGGAAAUUCUGUCUGACCAGCCACCUUCAGCUCUGCAAGCCUAUGUCGAUACCAUUGCCCAUGGACUUUCAGAUCCGGAGUCACAGGACGUGACAUCCAAAUCUCUCAAGAUACUGGAACGUUUGGAUCUGUCGCUUGAGAUCUUACAGUCCAUGACCUAUCUUGUUUACAAACAAAUCGGUUCUUAUCCGUCGCCAUUCGACAUUGUAAAGAAAUCAUUAUGCCGCCAUUCGCUGGUGUCUCCAAGUAUUCUAGGCUAUGUCUGUUCUUUACUAGACCACAGAAGCUUCAUCGUGCGAAAAUUGGCUGUCCGGGUUCUGGCCCAGCAUCCUCUCUUGUCACCCAGUACAGCGGACUGGCUUGACCAAGAAGUGCACCUCGGUGAUUGUCUGGUAAAGGAUUUACGAACUACGGUCUGGCAGCAGCUCUUACCAUCUCAAAACAUUCGAGAGGACAUUGUACGAAGGUUGAAGCAUAUCGAUCCCGCAGUGCGAGGAGUAGCUGCCUUGAUUCUCGGCGGUCGAUCAGAUUUAUCUAAUCCAACAUUUGAAGCGGUGGCCGAGUUGUUGAGCGACACAAAGUGGUCUGUUCGAGAAGCAGCCGCCAAAGCUCUACGUGGUCAAUCGGAACUUCCACACCAUGUGCUAGAUCAGAUGGCGGGCUUGCUAGAGGAUCAUCAUCCACUAGUUAGAUAUCAGGCAAUCAAAACCUUGACAAAGUACCCAGAUGAUGAGCUAAAAUAUCUCGAUGAUAUGGUACUCAGUCUGGAAGACCCAGAUCUCUCUGUGGCUUACAAAGCAUCCGAGGCCAUGAGGAAGCACCCAAAAGUCCCGCGCGAGUUGCUUUAUCAUCUGUUUGCUCAGAUGAUCGAUCCGCAAGAUCACCAUACGACAAGGUUCGACCCAAUAUUCCGGAACGCUCUCAGGCGAGGUCUGCCUCUAGAUUUAGGCAAUAGACUCCUAGAUCUGGCGGAAUCGGCGGAUAUAGAAGAAGGAGAAGGGGAAGGAGACGUUGAGCACAUCUUGGAUCUUCUCGGAGCACAACCAUUCCUGCCUCCUGGAAAGCUCCUCCAGCUCAGUGAAAGAUUUGUGACGAGUGAUGACCGGAUCGCUAGUGCGGUGGUCAAGAUUCUCGUGGCUCAAGCCCACUUGCCGCCGCCUCUUAUCCUUGCGCUCACGCGAUUCCUCGAUCGCGCUGACAAAACACUGGUCCUCGAUGUCACAAUAUGGCUGCUGGGACAGUCCGAGCUGCCCCUCGAGGCUCUCGCCCUCAUGGCAGGAAUGCUUCCCACCGUUCCACUACCGGGAUUCGCGGCGAACGUCUUGUCAAGACAGCCUCCCUUGCCGAGCGAGAUCAUGAACCUCGCACUCUCCGCGUUUCGCCUGGCAACAGACAAACGCUACGCCGAGAUCCACGAGGUGCUCGAGCGCAAUGACGCAUUCUACCGCAUGCUUCCCCAGCUACCCGUGCAUGACCUCCAGCGGCUGUGUCGGGUCUGGCUGCGGCGGAGCUUCGGCGAACGAGUGAAUUUCUACUUUCGUGACGAAUUCCUCGUGGUUGACACCCCGGAUUUUCAGGGCGCGAUCCCGAUGGCGCUGUAUCAGCGGAUCAAGCUGCGGUUGAUCUUCCGGCUCACCGUGGUGGCAUGUACGCGGGCCUCGGAGAUCGAGCAGGUUCGAAGCCGGAUCCGCGGGUCAGUUGCAUGGAUGAGGGGCCACCGAGCACUGGUUUUGGCUUUUGUGGCGGCUUUCCUGGCUGUCAUUCUCAGGUGGGCAUUAUGGUAG